AUGAAAUCUCUUUCUGAAAGAAGAUUUUGUGAAGGAAACAUUGGAGAUUCAGUAAAAAUAAAAAUACCAGACGUAGAUAGAGCUCGAAGCGACUUACGAUCAAUUUUGGCAGUAAUUAUAUCAAUGGAAGACGGAAAUUAUAAAUUGGGCACAAUCAAAGGUAAACUGCAACAUUAUUAUAGUAGAAAUCAAUUUAAUAUUUGCAAGGAGAAGUUUGUGAGUGUUGAUGAAGUCCCCGAUAUUCAGUUGUCACUAAGAGAAGCGGCUAGGCUAUUUUCAAAUCUAGGAGGCCAAGGCUAUGACCGCUGCACUUGUGUUCAAAAAUGCGAAACAAGGAGAUACAAAUGUAAAGCUGCUGGAAUUAUAUGCAACUCUAAAUGCCAUAAUGGUAAUACUUGUAAAAAUAAAUAA